UCACGCAUAAUUCUUACACGCACUUAAAUCUCGUCACGUUUGAAAGAAGGAACCUGACACUCUCUACCAUGCGACCAUUUUUAUUAUAUAGGUGUGAUUUUCUUGUCAAAAAGGCAUUUACAGGCUCAUGGCAGGCCCUUGUUUCACCUUCCUGCUGAAAAUGUUCUUAAAGAUUGUCGACAAAUAGUUAAUUGUCCAGACAGGAACUCCACGUGAUUGAAUUCUUGCUAGAUUGAAUCAGACCGCUGCAUUCUCUCUCCCUUACUUCUCGUUUCACGGCUCUUUGUUUCUGAUCUCUGAAAUCCCACCCACUUGAAAAUGGAGACGCUACAGGGGCGAGAUGCUCUCCCUCUCUCGAGCGCGCACAAACAGCCUUUUCGCUGUUACUAGCAGCCAGCGCGCGCGCUCGGAGCGCCACAAUGGAGACUGAGAGCUGUUUGUCUUUCGCUUCUGCUCCGACCAGGACGACGCCGGAGCAAUCUCCAGGUCUGGAACAUAAUUCCGCCUCUUUCUUCCAAUGCGACGAGCUGCAGAAAUCGCCGCACGCUCACGUGGCGCAGAGGCACGCCGGGCGCGCGGACUUCUUCACUGCGCGCUACGCUGCCAACGGCGCGCGCGCGGACUUUACGCACAGCCUCGGCGGCUCCUCACCCAGAAAACACGGCAAGUUCCUGGAGACCAGCGCGACGGAGCAAAAACCCUUAUCCUUACCCGAGAAGACCUCGUUUUACGACAGCAGCUCCAGCGUGGGGGAGAAGUCAUUGCCUAAGCCUUUAGCUUAUCCUGUUCUGGACUCUGAAAGCUGUGGCAGAUUGAAAGAGUCUUCAGAUGGACUAACCGAAGGAGACUCCAUUGCAGACUCAAUCAACCUGUCAGGCAAGAACAAGAAACGAAGAAACCGGACCACAUUUAGUACCUUUCAGCUGGAAGAACUGGAGAAGGUCUUUCAGAAGACACACUACCCAGACGUGUAUGCACGGGAGCAGUUGGCCCUGAGGACUGAGCUCACUGAAGCACGAGUGCAGGUGUGGUUCCAAAACAGAAGGGCUAAAUGGAGGAAGCGGGAGCGCUAUGGCAAAAUGCAGGAAGUGCGAAAUCACUUUGCUGCUACAUAUGAUAUCUCCCUGCUCCCUCGCUCCAAUACCUACCAGAUGCAGGGUAACUUGUGGCCUGGAGGAGGAGGUGCAGGAGGGGCCGGUGGGGGCUGCGUCCUGGGCACAGACAGCAUGCCUUCUUCCUGCAUGGCUCCUUACCCUCAUCCCCAUGCACACCCCCAUACUCAUGGGCUUAUGGGAAUGUCCACAUCCCCAACUCACCCUCCACAUCAUCCUCAUCCUCACCAUCCAGGAAUCAAUGGCCUGUACUCCCUGCACAGCUUCCAGGGAGGUCUGGGGGCUCAUUCGUUUGAGCCCAGCCCUGAGUCUGACUACAAGCCUUCAGGCCUGGUGGCACUGCGCAUGAAAACCAAAGACCCUGGCAGCCUCUUGUCUUGGCCAACGUGACUGGUAUUUAAUUAGGACUGAGCCAACAUAUAAUCAAUGGAUUCACACAGAAAUCCAAACAUUAGAGUUUUGGACAGAGUCCAUCUCCCAUCAAGCAAGAGGAACAGUUUCAGUCCUAAUCCUUUACUAGAUUUGCAGUUGAUGUAAUAGUAAUAACAAAAAUAAAUGCCACCUGUAUAUGCUGUUUAUGUUUCCAUAUGGGAGCAUGUAAUUGGUUACUGUCAAUCUUUUUUAAAAUAUGCAAGCCAAAGGUUGCCUUAAUGUUGAAUUUUUAAAGAAUGUAUUCUAUGAAAUUAGCAUAAUUGUCCAAAGAAAAGUACGACAUUUUUAUUUAAAGUAGUUAAUCACAUAUUUCCAGUGUAUACUGAUUUGUUUUUGUAGUAUGACAGUCAUUAAGUGGCUUUUAUGUUUCACUUGUGCUAUCAUUAAAGUUAAUUUGUAACUACAAAAAUCUUUUUCCCUCCCGUCACAUUAAUCCACAACACACAGAUCCACAUGACACAUUGUCAUAAAUUGUGUAUUUACAAUAUUCUUGCAUAAUUAGCCAAAUUUUAACACUUAGCAAAUGGUCUUUCUGCAUAAUGAUAAAAAUGUAACCUUCACUAUCUGCAGAUAUUAUGGUACAGAGGAUUCAGAGCAGGCUACUCUUUAAUCUGUAUGAAACAUGUACUGCAUGUCCGUAUCAUUUUACAGUGAUGCUCCAAUUCUUAGUCAGUGUAAAACAGGAAGUCAUGUGAGUCGAACGUAAUUCAAGAAGCCUGCAGAAAUUAACCAGUGUAAGCAAGUGCCAUUUUUGCUAACUCUUUAAACAGUAUUGAACUUUAUACCCCUGCACAUUUAAUAUCAGUGAUGCAUUUCAGGGCAUCUUUCCUUUCAUUAAUGUUAAGAAUGCUUUCUUCCAGAAGACUUGCAGACUUAGCACUGCAAGCUUAAAGAAUGAUAUGGUAACUUAUGUACAAUAACAGUAUUUCUGUGUACCAUAUUUCAAGGUGUGUGGUCAAGACAUCCACAAUGAAUGAAAUCCUGACAUAAUCCUGCACAACAAUGUAUUUUGCAUGAGAAAUUAUUACUGGUGCUUCUUGAAAAAAAAAAAUCAUUCACAUUUUUUUAACCCUUCCUAUAUAGAUCAUACAUUAACACUAAAACUCAUUUAGAAAUCCAUUACCCUUUUGAACUGCUAAUACUCUAACUUUAACCUUGACACCUUAAACAUGUAAUAUACAUGCAGGAAGCACAUGGCAUCCACUGGAGUACAGCAUGGCCUAGUAUGCAUGUGGUACUGUAUGGGACAGCUCCAUCUGGAUCUAAUGACUGCAUGCCAGUCCUGUCAGCCACUAUUUCAGUAUAAAGAAUGGCUAGGACAUAACUCUAAAGUAACAAAAAAUGUGAAACAUA